UCUCAUGGACGAAGAUGAUAUGUCCAGGACGAAAUUGCGAGUCGACUUUCACCCCCUACGGGGACCCAGUGGUUAAUUUUCUCCGGAAGAACGUUCCUGUUCUCUCCCCUUGUUCUACAAUUCUACACCCCAAUCGAAAGACGAGCAGCGGCAGCGCCGUCUUUCUUGUGAAAAUUCUGCAGGAAAUUUUCUAUUGGGGCCCUCACCUAUAUCAUAAUUAGCUCAAAGGCACCUGGGAAAUCACCUCCUUCCCUUGAUGAAACUGGAAUCCAAACUGUGAGGCACCUUAAUGGAAUAGCUGCUGGAUUUUGCGGUUGUUACAAGCAAAUCAACGAGGAAGGAUCUUCAGACAUUGGAGCUAAUCCUCCAUCUACAAUGUUUGUAAGGAGACAUCAACAAAAUGCUGGGUUUAGGCGAUUUCAGAUGAAAGUAAAAUUCCCGAGGCGAAGGCCGUUUCGCAUUUUCAUUGCAUGCCUUGCCUUUAUCGCCCUACUUCCUCCACUAUUUCUCCACUUCAGACUCAGUAGCUUACAUCAGGCGCAACUGAGAAGGUGCGCUUGGCUACGGGAUCCACCUCUUGUUUGUGCUCACGGUGGUGAUACAACCGAGGCCUUUGCCAAUACAAUGGCUGCAUUUCAUGCUGCUCUUCAUUCUCAAGUUGACUGCAUUGAGAUUGAUGUCUCUCGAUCUUCGGACGGAAUCUUGCUUGCUCUCCAUGAUAGGGAUCUUCAGCGUAUAACUGGUGAUAGAACUUCUAGAGUCGGUCACUUGACUUCAAGAGAGAUAAAGGAGCUCAAGCCGAUUCAUCAAUAUACAGAGAAGUUUGUUGAUGUAACAGUUACAACACUUGAACAAGCUUUGAUGUUCAUAUCAAAAUCAGUUCAUCAGGUGAUUCUUGAUGCAAAAAUUGGUCCCCCGUCAUUUGAAGAUGGACUUGCGGAAGAUAUUCUCUCUGUGGUAGUUAAGACAGCAUGUACAAACUGCCUUGUGUGGGCUAAAAGUGAUACUUUAAUAAGGGAUGUCAUCAAAUUGUCAUCAAACUUGUCGGUGGGUUACAUUGUUAUGAAAGAGCCUUCUACAAGAGGAAGGACUAAUUUAUUGAGGGUCAAAGGCGCUGGGGUUGCUGGUGUUUAUCAUCCAUUGAUUGAUAAAAAACUUAUGAGUAUUCUGCAUGGGUAUAGUUCAAAUCUUCAAACUGAACUGUCGUUGAGUAUCACUGUGCCUUCUUGCGGGGCAUACCUUCUGUUAGGGAGUCGGAAGAAGGUAUACGCGUGGACUGUUGAUGACGUCAAAUCCAUGCAGAGGGUGAUGUUUGAGCGUGUGGAUGGUAUUGUUACAAGUAACCCCACUUUACUUCAGCAACUCAUGCAGCGUAUCAAAUCGCAGUGUCUUGAAGAAGGUUUUACUUUGUAAGUCUGAUCGUUGAUUUGAGAUUUUUCUUCCAGCACAUGAUGGUUCUAUAUAUUCUGUUCUCACCUGACAUUCAAGUACUUCUUGAUCAUUGAAUCAUUAAUUCCCAUAUUUCGUCUC